UGUCUCUAGGUAACGGGGGGCGGGGCUGCGCUUCGCUGUGCUCUUUCGGGCGGUGGUAGCUCCGGUACCGGCAGUGAACGCUGCUGAUUUCCGUCCGUAGGGCCCAGUGUACUGGGAGCCCCCGAGAGCCUGAGGGCUUGGACCUCACACGCAGGAUGUACGCAGACGGCGUGGACAAUGACUCGGAGCUCUUCCCCGAUGAGGACGGUCUGACCCUCGGGCAGCGAGACGUCCACCAUGAAUCUGACCUGGACAGCGCCAUCGAGAGCACCCAUAGUUCUGAAGCCUCUGAUGAAUGUCGGGGGGAUGGCAAGGAUCUGGAGGGGCACUACCUUCCUGGCGACCAGACCCUCCUCAAUCCCUCGUCCUCGUCGGACUUCUCCACGGCCUCGCUGAUCAGCAGCGAGGAGCAGUUUGAGGACUACGGUGAAGGUGAUGACAUUGAUUACACCCCAAGCAGCCCCUGCCCUGAUGAUGAGAGCAGGACCAACGCCUUCUCAGACCUGGGCUCCUCUGUCUCCUCCAGUGCCGGACAGACGCCGCGUAAGAUGAGGCACAUGUACAACAGUGAGCUGCUGGACAUGUACUGCACCCAGUGCUCCAAGAAGAUCACCCUCCUCAACGACCUGGAGGCCCGGCUCAAGAACCUCAAAGCCAGCAGCCCCAACAGGAAGAUCUCCAGCACAGCGUUUGGCAGGCAGCUGAUGAACACCAGUAACCUGAGCAGCAGUAAUGGCAGCACCGAGGACUUGUUCCGGGACAGCAUUGACUCCUGCGACAAUGACAUCACAGACAAGGUCAGUUUCCUGGAGAAGAAGGUGACCGAACUGGAGAAUGACAACCUCACAAACGGAGACGUGAAGAGCAAGCUGAAGAUGGAGAACACACAGCUCGUGCUGAGGGUCCAUGAACUGGAGGAGAUGCUGAAGGACCAGGAGAUGAGGUCGGAGCAGAUCCUGGAGGAGGAGCUGAAGCGCCACCGGGAGACCUACAGCCGCCUGGAGAAGGAGAAGGGCGUCGAGCUGGAGUUGCUGACUGCCAGGGUCCAGGAGCUGGAGGAGGAGAACGAAGAUUUACUGACGUCUAUAACCCGGCUGAAGUCACACACCGAGAGGAUGGAUGAGGAGCGGCAGCGGAUGGCGGAUUCACUGGAGGACACCAGUCUGCGGCUCCGAGAUGAGAUGGAUUUGUACAAGAAAAUGAUGGACAAGCUGCGACAAAACCGUCAGAAGUUCCAGCAGGAGCGGGAGGCCACGCAGGAGCUCAUUGAAGAUUUACGGAAGGAGCUGGAACAUCUGCAGAUUUACCGUCUGGACUGCGAGCUCUCUGGCCGGGGACGCGGCUUCUCCUCCGGGCUCCACGAGUUUAACACCAAAACCCGGGAAUCGGAGCUGGAGCAGGAGAUCAGGCGCCUCAAACAGGACAACCAGAAACUCCGGGACCAGAACGACGACCUGAGUGGGCAGAUCCUGAGCCUCAGUCUGUACGAAGCCAAGAACCUCUUCUCCACCCAAACCAAGGCUCAGUCCCUGGCUGCAGAGAUCGACACGGCCUCCAAGGAUGAGCUGAUGGAGGCCUUAAAGGAGCAGGAGGAGAUUAACCUUCGCCUCCGCCAGUACAUGGAUAAGAUCAUUCUGGCCAUCCUGGACCACAACCCGUCCAUCCUGGAGAUCAAGCAGUGAUUGCCUCCUUCCUCUGGACUUUUCAUCUUGAAGACUCCUUAAGACUUGACGCUGCUCUGGCAGAACUGGAUCUAACUGGAAACUGUGAGCGCUGCUCAGCAGGACUGGAGAGUGCGGCUGGAUCAGGACCCUUCUCCUUCCCUGGUCAUGAUUGACUUGUCUGCGGCUACUGACCACCAGUGUUGAAGUAAUACAAGAUGCCUGCAGCGGGGUAGGGGCCCACAAGAUAUCGGUCACGUCCAUUGCUGCUCGGCCUAAAAUACGUGACCCUAAGGUGUAAGUGGAAAUGCCUUCUGAGACUUUCAGCCGCCUGCACGUUGUGGUGGUGACUCACAUGUACCAUUGGGUGAAUGGGCUCCUUUAAGGGUGGUCUCAGAAGCCUCUGGGGCGCUCUUUCUAGUAUCACGUGUGUCGUAGGGUCUCUCCCUGGCGUGCACUACCUGCGGUCACUACUGGAGCCUCCAUGGGGCAGUAUUCUGUAGAGGCUGAUUGUCUGUACACCGCCAGAUGUCACGUAUGAUGUUGGGGCGCACACGGCUCACCCCAGGACUCUUUCUUCCUUGUACAGAUAUCGUAUGUUACCGAUGUGAACUGCGACUUAAUUUAUUUUUUUAAUUAAUGAUCUGAAGAAAAUUGUGAGAAAUUAAGAAUUGUAAAAAUGUAAGAGGCUGAGCAGAAAUGCGGCCGAGUUUGGUGGCCUCCACGCACGUAAAUAAAUCACAUGAUCAUCACCA